CUGACCGUCACAUGACCAUAGGAAAAUUUUACUCGUGAGGAACCGCACUCGAGAUUCGUGCUGAAGAAGGUUUCCUCUAAGAUGACGUCGUACGAGGAUGAUGAAAACUUUGGAAGUUACAGCGUGGUUGGUUCAUUUCCCAAAGAUUUCGGCUAUGGUCCAGAAGACCAGGAUGAACUCUCAAGCAGUGACAACAAACCCAGGAUUCUAUUGCUGGGCCUUAGAAGGAGUGGCAAAUCUUCCAUCCAGAAAGUUGUUUUCCACAAGAUGUCUCCAAAUGAAACACUUUUCUUGGAAAGCACCAAUAAAAUAGUGAAAGAUGACAUAUCAAAUAGCUCCUUUGUGCAGUUCCAGAUUUGGGACUUUCCAGGCCAGAUUGAUUUUUUUGACCCAGCAUUUGAUUCAGAAGUGUUGUUUGGCCAUUGUGGAGCUCUUGUUUUUGUUAUAGAUGCACAGGAUGAUUAUAUGGACGCCCUUGGAAAGCUCCAUAUGACUGUAACAAGAGCAUACAAGGUCAAUCCAAACAUAAAGUUUGAAGUAUUUAUUCACAAAGUAGAUGGAUUGUCUGAUGAUCAUAAAAUUGAAACUCAGCGUGAUAUUCACCAAAGAGCGACAGAUGAGCUUGCAGAUGCAGGUCUGGAAGGCCUUCACUUGAGCUUUUACUUGACGAGUAUAUACGAUCACUCAAUAUUUGAGGCUUUUAGCAAAGUAGUUCAAAAACUCGUCCCUCAACUUCCAACACUGGAGAACUUAUUGAAUAUUCUUAUAACAAAUUCAGGCAUCGAGAAAGCCUUUCUGUUUGAUGUUGUCAGCAAGAUUUAUGUGGCCACGGACAGUUCACCGGUGGACAUGCAGUCCUACGAGCUUUGUUGUGACAUGAUCGACGUUGUUAUUGAUAUUUCAUGCAUUUACGGGUUAAGAGAGGAAGGUGAUAGCAGUGCUUAUGACAUGGAGUCUUCGUCGAUCAUCAAACUCAACAACUCGACUAUUCUGUACCUUCGAGAGGUGAACAAAUUCCUUGCCCUUGUCUGCAUUCUAAGAGAAGACAACUUCGAGAAAAAAGGUCUGAUAGACUACAACUUCUACUGCUUCCGUCAAGCCAUCAGUGAGGUAUUUGAGAUUUGUUUCAUUUACAGCUCUUAAAGUGAAAAGAUAUAUCAAAAGACCGAAACAAGAAUAACCACUAUGGCCAAGAGAUAAGGAACAGAAUGAGUGUUCUCAUGAGAACUCAGGUUAAAAACAGGCAAACUACUGAAUGCGCGGGAAAACGCGGGUGACCAAACCAUGAUUAGUUUUCAGUGUACGGCUGAUUGUUUUAGAGGAAGGCGCGAGUUUUUUGGACCAAUCGCAGGGCAAGGUUUACAAUGGUUCAAACGGUGCGCGGAGAUGUUUUGUUUCAUUUGUUGUACAAAAUAUUUCUCACUGAUGUUUCCAGUUCUUCUUCUCCGCUCACUCCUAAGUUGUUCUUGGCGCGAUUUGCGCAAAUCUAGGUUUGUACAGAGUUUAUAGGCGGUAAACCCACGGUUUGUGCUGAUUGGGUUUCGAGCGAUCAGGCUCAGGCUCAGGCUCAGGCCCAGGUCUCUUUUCGCUCAUUGCCGAUGAACACUCAUCCUCAGGGGCACCGA